AUGAUGUGGGGUUUCCGGCAUCUGGACACGCUGGAGGCGAGAACGACCCGGGUUCAGUACCUGCGGGCGCUGCUCGACUUCAGGAGAUGGUGCUGCGCGAACCUUCCAAGACAGCAAACCGCCAGAGUCAAGGGGGACGGCGUGCUGGAACACGAGGACGAGAUAGGGAGGUACAUCGACGAAGACAUGGGUGAUCAGUGGCACACCGCCAAGGGCGACCUACAAUGGAUGCACGGUCCCCGCGUCAACGCCACGCGGAUCAGGGCGUACAUUCUGUCAAUCGCGAGGCAGCAUGGUAUUGCAAAGGCCGAGGAGCUCGAGGAGCUGAAUCCCGACGUCCGUGUCCAGCCCCUGAAGCCGACAACCGUUUCGAUGCUGCUCAUCCGCAUCAAAGCGCUCCAGACAGCCUGCAAGGUCGAGGGGACGCUCUUCGGGGUGAAGGAGCUCCACAUCAUGUACGACAUCUCCGAGGUCCGCUCGGAGGUGCGCGCGAUGGUCAGAGAGAAGUGGCACAGGGACGACAGGGAUUGCGUCGACCGGCACCGCGGAACGCUCGGCGACACGUACACCACCGACCAGAUCCGCCACCUCAUGUUCAAGGUCUUGCCGACCUGGGCAGCUCGGGCGUACGAACCCAAAGCGGCCACCCCCUCCCAGACACUGUGGAAGUUUCUGCUGAUGAAGACGAUGACCCUCUUGGGUCACCACACCCUUCUCCGCGGAGCCAGUCUCCGAGCGAUCGAGCUCCCCGACCUGUUUUUGUACAGAAUGGGGAACGCGUCGCCCGAGCACUCCACGCGACGGCCGGUUGUCAUGGUCGUCGCGUCACGAAACUCCAAGACAAACAAGGAUGCUCGUCUGCAUCACAGCUACGCGGCGAGACACCUGGAGCAAGAGAUGUGCGCCGUCGGUCACACACUGUUGUGGCUGCACUUCGUGUACGGCCAGCUGAGCCGCUCGCCCACCUCUCGAUGUGUGCCGCCCCUCGACUUCACAACUCCGUACAGCUGGUAUCACAAGCACCUCUUUCAUGCUCGGAACGACAAGGCACAAAAAGAGCUGCCGGCUUCAUCUCAUUCUCGGAUCACGAAAGAGAUGUGGCGGACGAACAGGAUCUUCAUCACGCGCAACACCCACGCCGCCCGGGCGGGUGGGGCACAGGAGCUGGCCGACGACGGCGUUCCGCGAUCUGACAUCGCCGACUUGGGCCACUGGGCGCUCGACAAGCUCGCGAAGAGCUACAUCACGACCAUCCCGAAGGCGGCGGUGUUGAGAAAGGCCGGCUACACGGGCAAGCGCGGCGACUACCACCUCGGCCGGAGCAUGGUGAAGCCCGACGACAAGGUUGUGGCCCUCAUCGCCCAGCACAUCUUUCCGUGGGCUGAAGCGGAACUGGCCAAGAGUUCCAAGCUCUGCCGCGACCCCGACUUCCAGAAAUGGGCCAAGGACGUCAACCGGGUGGACCUCGAAACCAUCGCGACGCGCAGUACUCCGAGCGAGAACCCCCAAGAGGAAUUCAGCGCGCGAGUCGACGCCAAAUAUCAGGUCGGCCAGCUCACCAUGAUGAUGCACCGCCAGAGGGAGGAUGCCACGAUGGAGAAGCUUGAGAUGCAGAAGAAGUUGGAGGAGAAGGACGCGGAGAUCGCGAAAUUCCUCGUCAGACACACGCGCAUGAUCUGCAAGGUCGAAAAGGGCGACAAGCCCGCCGCGUUGGGGAAGUCGGCAAAGAGCUCUCGUCCCACGACCGAGGUGGGUGAGACGGGGAAAAACGAUGCGCUGCAGCACUGCACUCGCCGGAUGAGGCGGAUCAUGGAAGCGGUGCACGACUUGCGGCGGAGCGACGACGCUGCUGACACCGUCGCCGUCAUCAAGCUACUCGACCACCUGGGGCGAGCGGGGCUUUCCACUUUCAGCGACGCGCUCUUGGUCCUCCGUGCAACCCCGCCCAUCAAGGUCCCCACCACAGCCGACGGAAAGUCGGUCGGCAUCAAGGGUCUGGACAAGUCGCUGGCGAGGAAGCUCGCCGUUGCGUGGGGCAUGGUCACGACGGGCUACAUGGACGCUGACUGGGGAAAGAGGCUCUUCGGCGACUUGUGGGAUGUGCAGGCCAAUAAGGCCGGCUUGGAGGCCGAGGCGACGGCGGGAGCCAUCGGCGCAGGGAAGCGCAAGAGGGCGGGCUGA